AUGGAGGCCGAACAGCCCGUGAGGCCCGAGGCCGUAUGGGACUUCCCCGGAAUCGAUCCGGUCACGGCCAUCAACGAGGUGAACUACGUGAAUGGUGCGGUGGGUCCAGAGAAAUGCCUAGAGAUGAUUGAAUACAUACACAGUCACAAGUACGACUUUGAUGAGUCUAGGUUUGACAUUUUUCCCCUGCACAGGUAUCUUUUAAACUACACAGUGCCGAAUGUGGGAGACCACCUGAGCCCGUCUGAUAUACUGGGAACGUUUCUACCAAUUGCAGCAUUAUGUGACCCUUGGACGCAGCCCUCUGAUACUGGUGAAGAUAACAGAUACAUGUUUUCUGUGGAUUUGAUAUCGGAUUUAGCGAUUGCGUUGAUAGCGCCGCAAUUCCAGAAGCAGAACGGCUACCCGCAGUUUGCGUUUGCGUUUUCGCUGGAGUAUGUGAUAAGCCAUAUCAUGGAGAAACUAAGAUGUUGUGAAGUGGAUUCGUUACUCGCGAAAUAUCCAAAUUCUCAGCAUUCUAGUAAACAAGACCCCGAGUCUUGGGAAGAAUGGCUGCCCUACCCAGGAUACAGGAUAACACAGGAGGAGAGCGACUUCCACGAUCUAAUGCUGAUGUACAAAGUUGUGAUUGUUUCGUUGAUGGUAAUCUUCAAGAUGUAUAGAACGGAGCGGAAAUCAUGUCCGUUUAUUUUGGACUGGGUGAGAUUCUGGCAGUGUUCAACACUCAUACUGUUGCUGUGUCUGGAGGUUGACCGUGAUCACGAGGAUCUGGGCAAAGAGACCCCUCCAAUAGUGGUGGCAGUUGCCAAGGGAAUGGGAGCCAUACGAAACAUUUUGUCUGUGUUUCUGAACGACUCUUUUGACGAAAGAAUGCACGAUCUGAAGCAUGAGACGCUCAACAACUUCAUGUCGAUAUGGGCUAGAAAGACAGGCGACGGUUCGCUAAGACCGAGCGUUAAAGAGCUCUUGCAGCAUGCCAGCAUGCUGACAUUUGAAGAAGUUUCGGAUGACUUUGAGCAGAAGUUCGAGCAGAAUUUUGAGUAUGACGAUUUCGUCGAGGAAGACCUCAAGUACAUGUUUGAGUUUGAGCUCGACCAGAAUUCCGAGGAUGAAGAGGAAGGGUGUGGAGUAAUUGAGUUUGAGAUCCACCCGGAAUGUCAUUGCGAAUUCCCCGAGGAAGAGUCUGUUGCGGAGGAGGACAACGAGAACAAGGUGUUCCAUACCGAGGCCCAAUUGAGCAGCGUGGAGAAGAGACUCGCACAGGAGCUCAAGUCGUACACUGACGAUCCAAAAAAGGCCUUCAACAGCACAGAAUUGGUUUCAAAGCUAUACAAGAUUGACGGAGACCCCAAGACGAGUUUCAAGCCACCUCUUCGUUCGUUGUUCAAGUUGCAGAACACUUCCAAGAUGGUAUCAAUGAGUGACAUGACACUGUGGACCUUCUUAAUGGACCAGCUUUUUGGAGUGGGAGAUUUCGACGUGGCAUAUGCCCAGAUACAGAAUACUUAUUAUACCCAGGCGACCUUUGAUUACGUACACGAGUUGGUCAAAGGUCAGAGACGAGUCAACAGCCACUGGCUCAUAUUUACUGCGGAGAAUGUAGACCAGAUCAUUCUCCACAUGGAACUAGGAUUCCACGACUUCAAGACAGAACAGGAAGCUGAGGGUGGAAAUACAGACAAGUUGGUACAAGUGUUUGUGCUUUGUCUGGAAAGAUUGUACGAUGCUGGUUAUCUACAUUUGAUCGGUGAAGAGGUUAAGCAGAUGACUCUGGCCUUAUUGACCACAUAUACAUCCGUGGCUCCAUCAGUGCGGAGAUUUAGGUUCAAGAUACAGGAAGCGUGUACUAGGUUGGACCCAAUAGCCACAGCAAUAAUGGAGGACAAAGAUAUCGAGAACCAGUUGCUGUUGAAACUGUUGGAGAUCUGCGUGGAUAAGAAGGAAACAGUCACUUUCGAUAUCAAAGCCCUCGUCAAGGAGUUCACUGAAUUGAACCCCACAGCUGCCUCAAUGACCGAACAAGAAUUGAUUUUGGCGGAAUACAUCUUCCUGCUGGAAAGAUUUUACCCCAGCUUCAACAAGUUGAAUAUCAUGGAGUUCAUGUCCAGAUUCGCAGAAACCAUCAAACAGGCCAUGGAUGCAAGGAAUAAAAGGGGAAUUGACAUACCGGGUCUAGCCGUUGUUGCACGAGUAAGUGACGAUCCAGUCAAAGUUUUCCAUAAUGCGUUGUUACAUUAG